AUACUAGGUAUUGGUGUAAAUUUAGCAUUAUUACAUGCCAGCACAAGGGCCUAUUUUUGGUAGUUAUUAACAUAUGGUUUCAUUUCACGUGAUCCGCUGGUCUUGAGGCAGCGAAGUGAUCUUGAAUAUGUGAUGUGGUCAGAGAUUACCAUCAGUGUUUUUGUUCCCUUUUUUUUUUUUUAAGAGUAAUUUCCCAUAUUACUGUACUAUUUUCAUACGUCGUUGUGAGACCUUGAAUUUCAAUUCUGAUACCAGAGUCAUAAAGGUCCAGGAGCCUGAGAAGAGUGUAUUUGGCCCUGCUCUCUGGAGGAUAGUAUCUCUAAUGAUGUUACAGUUUUGCAACACAUUGUGGAUUCAUGUGUAAUGGAGGAAGCAUAUGGUCGACUUCAGCUUCCGUAGCUCAUAACUACUGUACAGUAGGAGAGACCUAGCUAGGAUUGGGACCUGCCAUGAACACUGCUUGUUUUGUGUUUCAAUGAGAGUUUUAGAGUGGCCCACACCAAAUAACCCUCAAUUAUAAGUUCGCCAUAAGAAACAGUUGUUUAAGGAAAUGUGAGCUAAAUUUCUGUGUACAAAAAGGUUAUUAAGUGAAAGAUUUAUUUGCUUUUUUCUAGGAUAAAAAAUAUAUUUAAAGGUCAUGGGAAAGUGUUUUCAAGAUUAUAUUAGACAAAAAACUGUGGUGUAUGUGAGACCAGGGCAGUAGUCCGUCAUGCAUGAGAGGCUGUACUUGUGGUUAGAAAACUUGUGCAAAGAAAUAUUUAGAGGCAAGUAAAAGGUGGAAGUGCUUUUAAAAGUGUGAGGAAGGAUGUGAAAGCAGUUAGAACAGCCUGCAACAACGCACAAACUCUGACAACACUCAAAAAAGCCCUGGAGAAAGGAGGACGUGUCAGAAAGAGAUCUGGUUUGGAUCCAAGUGAAUGCUGAGAGAUGAAUAUGCUAAUAAUCUUUGUUUUGCUCUUCACAAUCACUCUAAAGGCCAAAGGGACAAAUGGGGAUAAUGACACAAGCCCCAGUCCAGGGGAGGAGCAUACCUCUUAUUCAGAGACAAAUCAAGUGACAACUGGGGAAACUAAAUUAAGUACUGGAUGUAAGGGAACACCGAACUGUUCAGCCCUGUAUCCAAGCCCCAGUCCCAGUCCAAAUGCAACAGAUGAUAAGAAGGAAGACAGAAACAGUGUCACUCAACCAACUAAUACCACUUCAGAUGAUCAUUCUAAGGCCCACAACACUCCAGAAUGUGAAAGUAAAGCUGGCAGGGAAAACAAAGAUGACCUAGCUGCUAUCAUGCACUUGGACCUGAGGACUGUUCUCAUAUUUUUGUUGGGAGUGAUUUGUUCAACCAUUAUUUUCUCUACUGUGUCGUGCUUUGUGAUCAUCUGCAACAGGUGCAGAACAACAGAUGCAAAACAAAAAGAAAAUAUUAUCUUAGAGGCUGUUAAAAGUGAACAUGACCCGUCUGAUGAAGACCAGGCAGAUGAACAGGCCCCUCUUCAAGUACAGACUCCUGCUGAGGUCUCCACAAACACAUCUGCAUUAAAUAGUGGGAAGAUAGAACGAGCAGGAGAAGUAAAGGAAGUUGACUACGCCUCUAUCAACUACUCACUUUUACAGAAGAAAGCUGAUGGAGACUUAAAGCCACAGAAAGUGGAGAGUGAUUAUGCAGAGAUUCAGCUAAAAAAGCAGAGUGAAGGAGAGGAAGUUGAGACCUUGCAGGAUGGAGUGAAGCCGGAUGAAAUGAAACAGCGUGAAGUAAAGCAAGAUAGAGUGGAUCAGGGUCUAGAGGGUGGGAUGGAGAGCCAGAAGCAAGUGGAGUUAGAGGAAGUGCAGGUUUAAACCAGUACUCAUGGUUUACAGUGAAGAAGGACAGUGAAGAAUGGCUCUCGCAUUUUAACUAUGAAUGAUUGAUUGAGUAAAGAUUUUGCUAUUUAUGUUCUGAGUCAAGUUCCAUUUGCCUGAAAUGCAGCAUAAAGAUUUGCAUUACUAAUAUGUAAAACAGACUAUGUUUUUUUUCAAUUCUGUUUGUUUCAAUUCUGCUUUUUCUGAACACUGAACAACCCACUUCCCCUAUUUUGAAACAAUGUACAUAUGUCUUUUCGAUUGCCUUAAAAGUAGAAAAGUUGAGCAACUGCUUCUGCAAGGCACAAUGCUAAUUUUUGGAAGAAAAUGUAAAUAAAAGCCUG